AUGGCCGGUCCUUCAACGACUCUGGCAUGUCUUGUAUGUGCCCUCAUGUGCUCAUCACUUGUAUCUGCAGCCUUAAACAACACUGUAGUUGAUUAUGGUUGUGAUGGAUGUCUCAAAGGGCAAACAAUCACUGCUAUGUACCUUGCAAACGAUUACACUGUUAACGAGGCAGCCAAAUUGAAAAUGGAAUCCUUGGGCCUGACUUAUGAUUGUAAUGAUCCCGUCAAAGCAGUGCCUGAAUGCUUUCUGUAUUCUAACUGGAACAAGGGAGUUGUGGGUGACCUAGCGAACAAGAUCUUCUCAAAACUUGGCGCAAACGUGAUAGUAAAGACAAAGGCAAACUUCACGGCACAGUCAAAGGCGCUUUAUAAUGGACCUUCCUCAUUCACUCGAUGUGUCUAUGAGGUUGCCAUAAAAAACGUGGAUGUUUGCAUUGGGAACUUCUGGGAGACCAAUGAGAGAAGACGUCUCGCUACCUUCACAUCAAGUUUUGAUCUCGAUGCAAUGUUCUUGGUCUCCGCUCCCAAGAAUGGAGUAGGAUCCGACAGCUCGACUGAUUUCAAUCCUUCAGACCUGCUUGCCAUUUUCAAGCCUUUCACUCCAGCAGUGUGGGGAGUGACAGUUGCAUUCUUCUUUGCUACUGCAAUAUGCAUGUGGAUCCUCGAAGCCGGAGUUGACACUGUCAACGAGAACUUCUCUCAUGAGAAUGAUCAGCUAUGGAACAUUUCUGGUUUCUUCAUGAGCUUGUGGUUGUCGUUCAUGGGAUAUGUCGGAGGCUCCCAUGCACACAUGGCAACAAGAUGGCCGUCGCGGCUGAUUCUGCUGGGUUACGGCUUCCUCCUUUACAUCACGGUUUCUUCUUAUACCGCCAACCUUGCGAGUUUCAUGGUCAACAAGGCAUCAGUUCCCUCGCUGAUCAACAGCAUCGCGGACGCUGGGAAGAAAGGAGUGAGCGUCUGCGUCCUAGAUGCGAUGGCCAGCUUGAUCUACAACUUCGUGCCUAAGGAGCAAGUUAUUGGAUAUGACGUGAUUGGACCAGCGAUCGAAGGAAUCUACUCUGGAAAGUGUGGAGCCGUGAUAAUAGGAAGGGACUACUAUAAGCAGUACAUAGUGGCUGAGAAGAUCAACUUCAAUGUCUGCAAGGAUCCUUCGGAUCCUAAAGGAUUCGAGAAAUGUCAAGACCCUACAAAGAAAUCCACCAAGAUCUGGCUUGACUGCAAAUGUAGCGAUUCUACCAAAGAUCCCUCGGAAUGCAAGAAAGAUUGUCCUGACUAUAGGAAAUACUGCGAGCUUCUCACUAUUGCGGAUGCAAAUUUUCAAGUCUCUGUGCCAACUGGAUUUCCAGUUGCUCGGGAGUUCGUUGAUCAUAUUUCAGCAUCUAUUGUCAACUUUCGGCUUGACGGGACCAUUGAUCGUUUGUUCAAACUAUACAUCGACGACAAUUUCCAGCCAGUUUGCACCUCAACCGCGGAGAGUGACUCGCUUGCUUUGGAUCUUUUCAGUCUCGCAGGGACAUACGUCAUCUCAGGGGGCCUGAUGGUCAUCGGGCUGGUCAUGGGAGUCAUUGAGAUUGUGAUGAACAAGAAGAAGCAACCAAGCGAGGAGAGCGACAGCACGAGUCAGCGAGAAACAGAGGAGGAUGUUCCCCUUGGAGUCGCAAAGAGAGCAUUCGAGCUGGAGAAGGUCAAGCAUGAGGAGCUCAAGGAGUUUGGACUUGUGGGCAGUGCCAAUGAUGAAAAUGAGAGCGUACGACAACAAAUUCAAGUGCUCAAUUUCAAAAUGUCGGAAGUGAUUCAUGAGCUCAGGGAGCUCAAGGCAAAAUCGCCGAGGUAUGGCUCAGCAGACGCCAGCCUUGUCCUCGCAUCUGAAGCGAAAGAACGCAGCAAAGAAACUACUGCAAGUAGGAACAAUAAGGAAUCUGGGUUCUUCGCAAACAAUUGGUGGCCUAUGUCGUCAUAG